AUGCCCCGGGCCCCUCGAUCGGGCCGCCUGUCAUCGCUGCUCCUGAUGGCCGGCCUGGCGUUCGCCGCCACUUUCACCAGCUCAUCGUCACCGCUCUCUGACGACGACGACCACUUCGACGCCUCCUCCGUUAUUGUCGUUGGCGUUGACGGCGCUCCUACGUGGCCACUUUCAUCUUCUUAUUGUUCAACCCUCGACGACGACACUUUCUGUCCGCCGCCCUGUCAGACCUCAGACAGAUCUAAACAGUGCCUUCAUUACUUGCAAGAUUCGCACAAAGAGGAAGUCUGCGGCCGAGACGUGCCGCCCCAGCGCAGGCGUGACGUGCUGCACCGACUCCGGAUGCCCCAUUGCUGUGAACACGCUGUCGACAAGGCGCUCCCCGAGGCCGCCUUCCACGGGGACCCCAACACCUGCCAUCGACUCCUCACCAGACUUCAAGAGGUCGAUAACUUCGCCAGGUCUCUAUCCUGUACCCAUGCUGAUCUGCUCACUCGCUAUGAUUGUUCACAGAACUAUUCCAUCGUUCACCACUGCAGAAACUGCAAGGUAAAGAGAAUAAUAAAUUUACCAGUAAUAUAUCCACCAUCAACCAUCCUUCUUUCAAUCCUUUCAACGAUAUUAUGCCCCAGUGCCCUACAGCACUGCAAUCUCAUUGGUCGCCCGCUGACAGUUGACAUUAUUGACAUAAACUCAACCAAUACAAAUCUUAAAUCUUCGGUCACCAGGAGCCUCGCAAAACGUUUUUAUCUCAUUAUAUAG